AGGAAACACGUGGUUUUACAGGUGUUUUCUAUCCUGUUUGCUUUAAUAAUUGUCCCUUUUUCUCCGUGCGGCUCCCGAGAGAGAGAUAAGAAUAGUUGUCAAUUAGUCAACUUGGAAGUUGUGAAGUGCAAGCUUAGGGUGGGGACAGAUUGCGCAUCCCCGAUCCGCGCCUUCUCAGGUACCGUUCUGUGCUCGGGCAACCAUGGUCGACACCAAAGUUUUGCUCUUUGCUUGCUGCCUUUUGCUGGGCUCAGGGGUGGUCCAGGCAAGCAAAAGCUAUAAAUUCGAGUUUUAUCAGCAUAUGAUCGAAGAAGUGGACACGCCGACCGUUUUUGGUCCCAAGACAGGAUUUGUUGGAACAGGUUAUGUGUUCAACAACCCUGCUACCGUUGGACAGAGUAUCAGCUCGAGAUCGAUCGGACGAGUUUCAGGCUUGUACUUCUUCAGCUCGGAGUGGGUGGCCGAGAAUUAUAACACCGUCUAUUUCAACGCAACUGCCGGUGAAUUCUUCAGCGGUGAGGGUACACUUUAUCUGCGGGGGUUGUGGUUCAUAUACGAAUCAAGCGAUCCCCGUGGAGACUACCAGGAGCUGGCCAUAGUUGGAGGCACCCAAAAGCUAAGAGGGGCUCAAGGUCAUGUGGAAUUUGAGAAGAUACACAUUCCAGGUUCCGAUGCGUUGUUGUUCAAGGUCAUUUGCCACGUUUCACUUCCUGAGAAGGAAUCGGAGUACACAUACAUUCAGCUUUAGUUCCCACUCCAGGCUUCUACUGUGAGACCAAGCACUUGACUUGUUCAAAUUACUGUACACUGUUAGUUCACAGACAUACCUUGACAUCACAGACAUAUUAAAUGACAUUGCGCGGACACUCUGAUCUAAUAUUUGACCUUCCUACUCAUGUUAUAUACUGGACAUAGUGAAUGAGUCUAUAUGUAAAAAAACUUUGGUACUCAGGUCUGAUCUAGGCCACAAGCUGGACACUUGGGAAGAUUUUAGUUUGUACAUGGAUUUCAUCUAUUGUAUCUGGCUGGAAUAGGACGAGGUCAGUAUAGGUCAGAAGGUGCUGAAGUCGGUUCCUCGUCAAGGUUGUCAUCUUUUCCCUUUCACAACUUGAGAAGCUUCUGGAUCAGUAGGACUAUAAAACUCACUUGGAUUUAUGAAAAUCCGCGCUUCUGUUCGUAAAAUUUGUGAAAUUGUAACGACGUUUAUGACCUUCUCCAGUAAAUGGAACUUC